GUUUAACAAGCUCCACCUUGGCGUGAGCCAUGGAUGUGCCUCCCUGCAUGGUGCCCAUCCUGUCAUGCCUGCUUGCGGGCGUGAUGGGCUUUGGCCUCCUACUGCAACGAAGCCCCAAACCGGCUUCUCAGGACUUGACCGCCAAAGAGCGCUGCGAGAAUUGGUUCUUAGCCUAUGGCGUGUUCUGGAUCAGCUGCUUUGCUGUGAUCGUAGGCUUCGGAGUGUAUGAGCACAUGGCACAGUGGUCCUACCUGAUCGUAUGUGGAGGUCUUGCUGCCCCUUUACUGCUACAGCCAGUGGUUUGCCCAUGGCUCACAAAAGAGGAAAAUCUGGCUCUCCAGGAACGGUACUGCACAAAAGCCAACCUUUGGAUCGCUAUCUACUCCUUCCUGGGUAAUUAUUGGGGCACGCACUACUUCUACUGCGUCCUCAAAGCGAAGUACACGCUGCCUUUCCUGCCAGCACACCAACUGAAUGGAGUGCCCAUUUGCAUGUACUUGGCGACUCACUUCUACUUCAGUGCCCUGGUUGCCCUUUGCGGGCUUGGCAGUUUUUGGGCAUGGGACAUAUCGUGUUUGGGGCAGGGAGCUGCGCAGAGAGCGUGGAAUCUGCAAGUGACUUGCUACACGACAACGUCCGAAAGCCCAUGAGGAAGCUU